AUGUCUCAACCGGCUUAUCAUUCUGACAACCCUCUGGGUCUCCCCACCUACGAAUGUUGGUUCUGCCCACUUGUCUGCGCGGGGUUUUCAGGCCUUCUCUUCCAUCUCGAGGAGGGUCGUUGCGUUAAACGGGAUCGCAUCCGUACUCUUGCCUUUGAGUGUCCCGAGUAUGGAUUUUACGGCAACCGGCUGACCGAUGAGAACCCUUUCUUCUGCUGGGGCUGUGAGUCUGUAUUUCCGCAGAUCUCUUACCUCUAUCACCACGCGGAGCACAACCCUGCCUGCUCGUAUCUUCUCAACGACACCGAAUGCCUUGGUGUUCUCCGUGCUUUCUACAUCGAUUACUACGACUGCCCUGGCAUGGACUUUAGUCACCACUAG